AUAUGUUAUCUAUCGAGUUUCAGUUUAUACGUAUACGGCGAGCAAAACAAAACACGAAAAACUAAAAGUUGGGGCUCUCAAACACUCGUAUCAGCCCCAACACCCUUGCAUUUCUGAAAAUCUUCAACGCCGCUGCCUGUGACGUUCUGCUCAUUGCUGUUCUUCACUUCGUCGGGAAAAGUUUAAAGCAGAAUGUCGGGAAAAACUAAAGGCUUUGAUUUUAUAGUUAAAAUUUCAGACCAUUGUCGCAAUUCCAAUGGUUUUGACCGUGUUUUAAGAAUGAUCAAAAUGGUGGAUGGUGGCAAUGGUCGUGCUGUGGGAGAGUUUACUGUUUGUCCAGAGCACUGUAAUCGUCAGGGAACCUUGCACGGAGGUCUCAUAUCCACAAUUUUAGACAACGUAACCACCUACGCAAUGAUGUCCAAAGGAAGCCAUCCCGGCGUAACCGCCAAUCUCAGUGUUAGCUUUCUAGCGCCGGCGAAGCUUGGAGAGGUUGUCCAGAUCGAAGCAAAUACUGUUCGAGCGGGAAAGAAAAUGGCCUAUCUGGAUUGUGUCUUCAAGCUAAAGUCGGAUGGAAGAAUACUUGCCAAAGGUGGACAGGUGAAAUAUAUUCAGUUUGAUGAUGAAAAAAUAAAUUAUAAGAAGUUCUAAAUAAAAUAUAAAUAUUUAAAUAAAGGCGCCGAUUACGAUCAAUCGAAAUCGACUAUCGAAUUUUAAA